CCACGGCCUUUGGUAUACCAGUCAUGGUGUACAGGCUGGAGCGAAACAAAGAAUAAUGGUUUCACCGACGGGGAUCGAUACUAGACCGACCAGACAGCAAGCGAGCGGUUUACCAUCGAGCUACAUCCCGCCACGUUUGACUGACUACAAAUCUGUUACACACGAUCGUAGUCUGUUGCAGAAAGGUCGGUCGCCGGCUGAUCUGUGUAACUGCAGGUUGACUCGAGAUAUCCUUUACACCGAACGACUAGUGAAUCGUGAUCACCGGUGUCGUUGUUGUUUGAUCAACAUUUUCUAACCCGCAUUCGAACGUUCGCCAUGGACAAAUUGGAGAAGUACCAGUAUGUACAGUUUACGUUUUGCGACAUCAAUGGCACUUCUCGUGGGAAGAUUCUUCCUGUUCGCAACGCUGACAGUUUUGAGAAGGGCUUAGCCAUAUAUGCUGGCAAACCAGUUGACUUGUAUGACGAGACCAACCCUGAUUGGGCUCCCAGUCUGAAGAUGGGCCAUGAAAAACUUGGGUUUUCUAAAACUUCAAAAGACCGCUAUGAACGCAUUUCCAAGCGAAAAGCCACCAUCAAAGCAAAGGCAGCAGAGAUGUUCCGAGAAGAAGAAUUAUGUCCAAAUGAAGCCCCUGAUGACAGUACUAACACAGAUUGUAAUGUGGAAACACAGACAGAUUUGAAUGGGUAGUUUAAUAGAUGCAAUGAGUUCUGAAUUGCAAGCACUAAGACUUGAAAUGAUGGAUAUUAAAAAGCAUGUUGCCAUUUCCAAAUUAUGUUUGUCCGAUUUGAUAGGGAAAGAUGAUAAGGUGAAAUUUCUGACCGGUUUGUCAUCUUAUGAUAUGCUUGCAAUGUUAUACGAGUAUCUGGAAGAUUUUAUUCCUACCAAAACAUCGCUAACCAAAUUCCAGAUGCUGUUUAUGACACUCAUGCGGCUGAGACUGAAUUUGUCAGAACAGUUCCUUGCAUUGAAUUUGCUGUUUCACAAUCUACAAUAUGCCGAAUGUUUUGUGAAGUUGUAGAUGUUUUGUAUGCUAGAACUAAACCAUUUGUACAUUGGCCUGAAUGUGAGGAAUUGUAUAAAACCAUGCCUAUGGAAUUUAGGAAAUAUUUUGGGAAAAAAGUGGCUGUGAUCAUCGAUUGUUUUGAAAUCUUUAUAGAAAGACCCUCAAAUCUUACGGCUAGGGCACAAACAUGGUCAUCCUACAAACAUCACAAUACUGCAAAAUUCUUAAUGGGCAUAACACCACAGGGCACAGUCUCAUUCAUUUCCAAGGGUUGGGGUGGACGGGCCACAGACAAAUACAUCACUGAACACUCAGGUUUUCUAAAUUACAUUCUUCCAGGUGAUAUAGUCUUAGCUGAUAGGGGGUUUGAUAUCAAAGAUAUAAUGGGUAGUCUCUGUGCGGAAGCUAAAAUACCUGCAUUCACUAGGGGAAAAGACCAGUUAUCACCCCUUGAGAUAGAAUCAACAAGGAAAAUUGCUCACUGUCGAAUUCAUGUUGAGCGGGUAAUAGGAUGUGUUCGUCAAAAAUAUACUAUGCUUGACAGCACAAUUCCUAUAAGAUUUAUGAUGACAAAAGACAGUGAGAGCAUGACCAAUCUGGACAAGAUAUGCCAUGUAUGCUGUUCUUUGACAAACCUCUGUGAACCAAUAGUCUGUUUUGAUUAAAUUUAGCAUUGACAACUGACCCCAUAUGACAUGUUUUUUAAAAACAAUUACAAGUAAAAUUAUACCAAACACUCACUAUGAUGUUGUGUUGAUUAAUUUACUAAAGGUGUAACGAUGUGGCAGUACAGUAGUAUAUCACAAUACGAGGUCCACUAUAUGAUACAUCAAUUUAUGGCAGCAAUAUCUCGAUACAUACAUAAUUCCUGUUUUGCAGAAAACUAAUUUUGGUCUAUAUACAUGUACAACAUGCGAACAAUCAGAAACACAACACAUUGGAUUUGCUAAAAUUGCUAACUUAACUAGAUGCUGUAAUUGAUAUACAGUGUAAUUGUAAAAAGUUGUCAUUGCCAGAAAUAUUUUACAAUACCUAAUAAUUAGCAUCAGUGUUAUUAAGUAUUGGCAUAGUACGUAUCACAACCUACCUGUAUUGUUACACCUCUCUAAUGUACUAUAAAAUAAUUUUCUAAAAUAUUCCAUUGUUUUGUUUACUAAUGAUAUGUACAUUUAUAAGAGCAAUUCUAUGUUAUUUGAGUGUAAAAUAUGGGAAAAUACAAAUAUUAUUGAUAUGUGUGUAUUGUCUGGAAAAAAAACGACGUUAAUUUGAAAGCAAACAUAUUUUAAUCCUGUUGAAAUCAGGAUACCUACAUUUAGGUUUGAAUAAAUAAUAUAUUCAUGACAUAAAAUUAAGCAUAGUUAUAGCUGAAAACUUGAGUAUGUUGAAAAUAUAUACACAUAUUGCUUACAAAGUUGUAUUUUUGGUCUGUCUACAGGCAAUAUGUUUUUCAAUUUGCAGUUCAUGUUUGUAUGUAAAUACAUGUACUGGAACCACCCAUAACACGCUUACAUUUGAACACAUUAAAGAUGUAGAUGUACAGACAGUUAACUUUUUUUUUUCCUUUGAUGCACACAAUACUUAGUUCAGUCUUUUUCCACGUUUGAAUUCUGGCAACUUUCUGCAAUCGGGACAGUACCAUUUUUUGCUUUUUGGAGCCCUGCUUAUUUUCACACACUCGAAGUGAAACCACUUAAUUGCACAGUUUUCAUGAUCACAUCCGAUCAUAUCACCAUGUUCAAUCUGUUCGCAAUAGCAAUAUAGUAAAUCUCUACUGGUUGAAGUUGAAGCCUCAUCACUUGCAGAGUUUUGGCAAAUUGGUUUUAAGGUUCGGCUUGUAUUAGGUAAACGGGAAUAAAAUUUUCCCACAAGUUCUGGCAAGAUCGCAGUCUGGAACAGAUGGGUUAUGUUGGUGGAAACACGACACCAAAAGUCACUGUCAAAUGACACAACUUCCACGUGCAUAUCCUGUUCAGUCCACACAACAAAGUAGCAGAACUCUCUUUUACAAACAGCAAGUUGAGUUUGUACUUGAUAAAAAUAAGCAUGUUGCUUGCUUAAUUUCAAAGUGCCAUCUUCACCUGUCUGUAAACAAAACUGUUUGUCAACUGAAUCAUGUGUUGUUUGGUCUCGCUUACAAAAGGGGCACUUAAUCUCCAAACACCCUUCCCCACAACAAUUACAAGACACCAUACCAUCAGGGGAUGCUGCAAUGUGAGGAAAAGCUGGGUUUAUUACAAGUCCACUGUCUAGUAAUUGAAAUCCAUCAUGCAACUCGGUCAUUUUCUCAAUUUUUUUUAUCCCGUGCCACCUUUUCGUGUUCACAACCCCACUGUGUGGCUUUGGUUGAAAACUUCAUACUUUCAGGAUUGCAAACACUGCGAAUUAAACUUAGGUCUGGACUUGCCGGAUCAGUGGUGAAAGCAGCCUUCAUUUUGGAUGCGGUUACCCUACCAGUUCUAAAGUGAUACCACAGUUUGGAAGCAGCCUGGUCCCAUGUUGCGCUUUCUACAGCCUUUGCUUCUGCCUUCGAAACAGUUAUGCUCAUUGUUUCACAAUAUUGUACUAGCUGACAAUAGUUCAUGUCAUAACACUGUUCCUGAAAUAGUGCUGUCAGCACACAUGGAAACUUGUCUUUGAUUGGUUUUGGAAUAUAAUUGUCUGAAUACGGGGAAUUUGUA